AGGCUGCGGCUCAGGUCGCAGCCGUUCAGUCAGUCUUCGGCAUGUGCAGCAACGACACGACGCCUCAGCGCCUGGUCGCCCCCAGCGCCGUCAUGCCCUAUCCACCCAAUUCGGCCUCCAACGCCUCACCACCGGCCCCCGUGCCACCUCCGACCCUGCCGACGGCCACCCUUGAGCAGUACAGACUGCAGCUCUACAACUACGCGCUGGCUGAGAGGCUCAGGUAUACGCACCCUGCGCUCCUCUCGGCUGCGGCCGCAGCGCACCAUCCUGUUGCUUACCCUGGAGGACCUUUACAGGCCGCCGUCGCCGCAGCGGCAGCCGCCGGCAUGCGCGCCCACGAGUUUCCCGGUCUCUACGCGUACGGCAAGUUUGAUCCGCGCCUCUACCGCUCGCCCGAAGAGCCCAAACCGCAGCACAGCUACAUCGGCCUGAUCGCGAUGGCCAUCCUUAGUUCGCCGGACAAGAAGUUGGUCCUCUCGGACAUCUACCAGUACAUCCUGGACAACUACCCCUACUUCCGGACGCGCGGCCCCGGCUGGCGAAACAGCAUCCGGCACAAUCUAUCCCUGAACGACUGUUUCAUCAAGGCGGGACGCAGCGCCAACGGCAAAGGUCACUACUGGGCCAUCCACCCCGCCAACGUCGAUGACUUCACCAAGGGCGACUUCAGGCGUCGCAAAGCCCAGAGGAAGGUCCGAAAACACAUGGGUCUGGCCGUGGACGAGGAGGACUCGCCCAGCCCCCCGCCCCCCAGUUCGCCCCCCGGCGCCACCAGUUGCGCGCCGGUCCUGCGGAAACGCCAGUUUGACGUCGCCAGUCUCUUGGCCCCGGACGAUGGCCCUCGAGCCAAGAUGGUCAAGGCUGAAGAGGAGGAGGAGGAGGACAUCGACGUUGGCCGCGAAGAACCAACGCGCUCCCCGCCACCCCUGGUUCUGCGACGGGCCGACUUUCUCGCCGCACCCCUCGCCACGCACCCCGUUUUUCCGGCUGCUUUUUCCUCCGUCGAGCAGCUGAGCCGGUACUACGAGCACUUAGCCCGCAGGAGCAGGGAGGUCGUCCAGGCGGGGCAGGUCUCGCCGCCGGACAGUCCCGAUGGUGCAGAGUGAUUGGCUCAUUUUUUGCUAACAAAAUUAAAAUCUCGCAUACAGGUUUCUUCUAUCCGCGCCAAAGACCUUAAUUUUUAUAUUUAGUAUUUUACGUGCCAUUUCCGAUGCUGCAUGAUCUCUUUAAUUAAUUUUUUGUAUUAUUCCAACUCUUUGCGAUAUUUGGUUUUAUUGCAGACUUAAUUAAUUUUAAAUGCAGAACUGGAGCCAAAACGAUGUGUGUGGAUGUAUAAAUGUAAAAAUUUGUAUAAAAAUCUGGUCAAUGUUCCAACAUAUUUAAAUAAU